AUGGAUGAAGAUCAAGGUCCGCGGUCCAUCGUGCCCGAGCAAGCACCAAGAAAGUCGAUUGGCCAACGCCUCAAUGGCCUCAGGAAAGCAUUCACCACCAGGCAUGGCCUCAUUGGCGAUUACAACUAUGGCUUCCUCUUUCGACCAAACUUGCCUUUCAUGAAGAAGAGCACCAACGCGAGCCCCUUCUUUGGCGUCAACGAUAAGAUGCCAGUCCUCUUGGGUCUUCUCCUGGGUUUUCAGCAUGCACUGGCCAUGUUGGCUGGUGUCAUUACUCCUCCCAUGAUCAUUAGUAGCAGCGCCAAUCUGCUACCUGAUCAGAAGCAGUACCUUGUGUCGACCGCUUUGAUCGUCUCAGGUAUCUUUUCUGCUGUUCAGAUCACUCGUUUCAAGAUCUGGGGCACUCCGUACUUCAUUGGCACUGGUCUGCUUUCCGUCGUCGGUGUUUCUUUCAGUGUCAUUCCCGUUGCCCAAGGCAGUCUCACUCAGAUGUACGCCAACGGUUACUGCCCUUCCGACUCUGAAGGCAAUCCCCUCCCUUGUCCAAAGGGCUACGGAGCCAUCAUCGGCACAUCUGCAGUGUGUGCUCUUCUGAACAUCUUGAUCUCAUUCAUUCCCGCCAAGUUCUUGCUGCGGGUGCUUCCCCCAAUUGUCACUGGCCCCACGGUCAUGCUCAUUGGUAUCAAGCUCAUCAAGUCUGGUUUCUCUAACUGGAUGGGCGGCAGCGGAGUCUGCAUGACGGCUACCGAGGGACUGUUUGCCAUGUGCCCGGAUAUUAACGCGCCUCACCCUCUCCCCUGGGGAUCUGCAGAGUUCCUGGGCUUGGGUUUCUCCGUCUUCCUGACCAUUAUCCUGUGCGAACGAUUCGGUUCUCCUAUCAUGAAGUCCACCUCGGUGGUUAUCGGAUUGUUGACGGGUUGCAUUAUCGCUGCUGCUUGUGGUUACUUUGAUCGAUCCGGCAUCGACGCUGCCCCUGUGGCCUCCUUCGCCUGGGUUCACACAUUCCCGCUCUCGGUUUACGGUCCUCUCGUCCUCCCUCUCAUGGCCGUUUAUCUCGUCUGCGCUACCGAAGCGAUCGGCGAUAUUACAGCCACCUGCGAUGUCUCGAGACUCGAAGUCACCGGAAAGACGUACGAAUCGCGUAUCCAGGGAGGUAUCCUCUCGGACGGUCUCGCUGGUUGUAUCGGCUCUCUCAUGACCAUGACUCCCAUGUCCGUCUUCGCCCAGAACAACGGUGUUAUCGUCCUUACCCGUUGUGCCAACCGCAAGGCUGGUCUCGCUUGCGCCAUGUUCCUCAUCAUCAUGGGUGUCUUUGCCAAGUUCGCCGCCUCUCUUAUCGCCAUCCCCUCCGCUGUCCUCGGUGGCAUGACUACCUUCCUCUUCAGCGCCGUCGCCGUCUCGGGCAUGUCUAUCAUCACCCGUGGCGUGCCCUUUACUCGCCGCAACCGAUUCAUCCUUACCGCUGGCUUCGCUCUGGGUUUUGGAGCCACUCUUGUCCCCAACUACUUUGACAACAUCUUCACUUACAAGGGCGAUAACCGCUCACUUCAGGGAUUUUUGGAUGCCAUCACCCUCAUCAUGGAGACCGGUUUUGCCGUUGCUGCCAUUAUCUGUGUGAUCCUCAACCUUGCUCUGCCAGAGGAGAUGGAAGACGAUAUCGAUGCGGGACGCUCGUCUACGAACAUUGCUAUUCAUGAGGAGGCUCAGCCUGAUAAGACCACGACUGAGCUGAGCAGAGAGCAUAGCAUCGAGCAGCAGAAACAGGGCUGA